AGAAAAUCUCAAAAAUCCUAAAUCCUAAACCCAAAUGCAUUGGUUUCAAGAAGAAGAAAAAAAAUCCCCAUACCAACUGCAAAAAUCACGAACCAUCUAGCACCGCCGCUGCGCCGCCCAGCCACUCCACGCCGGCGACGCUUCUGGACCAGCUGUCCCAACGACAACGUCAACUUCCUCCCUCUGUCGUGUCGUUGCAGGGGGCAAGCUUUUGCACGGAAUUCUUCAGUUCUUAUUACCAGCAAAGAUGGACAAGUCAAGCACCUUGGAAUACAUCAACCAGAUGUUCCCUACAGAGGCAUCUUUAUCUGGUGUUGAGCCACUCAUGCAAAAGAUAAAAAGUGAGAUUAAUCAUGUGGAUUCUGGAAUAUUGGCAGCUGUUCGUCAACAGAGUAAUUCCGGAACCAAAGCAAAGGAAGAUCUUGCUGCUGCUACACGUGCGGUGGAGGAACUCAUGUAUAAGAUCCGAGAAAUAAAAAGCAAAGCUGAGCAAAGUGAAACAAUGGUCCAAGAAAUAUGCCGUGACAUUAAAAAGUUGGACUUUGCAAAGAAGCAUGUAACAACUACAAUUACAGCUCUUCAUCGUCUAACCAUGCUAGUCUCUGCUGUAGAGCAGCUUCAAGUUAUGGCUUCAAAACGACAAUAUAAGGAGGCAGCUGCACAACUGGAGGCUGUGAACCAAUUAUGUAGUCACUUUGAGGCAUAUAGAGAUAUUCCAAAGAUCACCGAACUCAGAGAGAAGUUUAAGAAUAUCAAGCAAAUUCUCAAGUCACAUGUGUUUUCUGAUUUCUCCAGCUUAGGUACUGGAAAAGAGACAGAAGAAACUAAUUUGCUGCAGCAGCUAUCUGAUGCUUGCUUGGUUGUUGAUUCUUUGGAGCCAUCGGUAAGGGAAGAGUUGGUAAACAAUUUCUGCAGCCGGGAGCUUACUUCUUAUGAACAAAUUUUUGAAGGAGCUGAACUAGCUAAGUUGGAUAAAACCGAGAGGAGAUAUGCAUGGAUAAAGCGCCGAAUAAGAACAAAUGAAGAAAUUUGGAAGAUCUUUCCUCCUUCAUGGCAUGUUCCUUACCGCCUCUGUAUCCAGUUUUGUAAGAAAACAAGGAAACAACUUGAGGAGAUCCUUGAUAAUAUGAAGGAAAAACCAGAUGUUGGGACAUUAUUGAUGGCACUACAACGUACUCUAGAAUUUGAGGAUGAAUUGGCUGAGAAAUUUGGGGGAGGAACUCGUAGCAGGGAGAUAGGUAAUGAGAUUGAGGAAAUUGGUACAGGCCAAAGUUCUAGUCAAAGCAUUUCAGAUAUUCGAAAGAAGUAUGAAAGAAAACUGGCUGCACAUCAAGACAGUGGGACUGAAGAACAUGAUCGGAAUAAAGAUCUGUCAGUGCCUGGAGCUGGGUUCAACUUCCGUGGAAUUAUUUCAUCUUGCUUUGAACCCCACUUGAUAAUAUAUGUAGAACUGGAAGAGAAGACACUAAUGGAGAAUCUAGAGAAACUUGUUCAGGAGGAGACGUGGGAUAUUGAGGAGGGAAGUCAGAAUAAUGUAUUAUCAAGUAGCAUACAGUUAUUUCUUAUAAUCAAGAGGAGCUUAAAGAGAUGCAGUGCUCUAACAAAGAACCAGACAUUAUUUAAUUUGUUCAAGGUAUUUCAAAGAAUUCUUAAAGCAUAUGCGUCAAAACUUUUUGCAAGACUACCCAGGGGUGGUACAGGGAUUGUUGCUGCAGCCACGGGUAUGGAUGGACAGAUCAAGACUUCUGACAGGGAUGAAAGGGUGAUUUGUUAUAUUGUAAAUUCAGCUGAAUAUUGUCAUAAAACAUCUGGUGAAUUAGCAGAAAGUGUUUCAAAAAUAAUCGACUCUCAAUUAACAGAUGGAGUGGAUAUGUCAGAAGUGCAGGAUGAGUUUUCUGCGGUUAUAACAAGAGCAUUGGUAACCCUAGUGCAUGGCCUGGAAACUAAAUUUGAUGCUGAAAUGGCUGCAAUGACACGUGUUCUGUGGGGUACCCUUGAAAGUGUAGGCGACCAAUCAGAGUAUGUUAAUGGCAUAAAUAUGAUCCUCACAAGUAGCAUUCCUGUACUUGGAAGCCUUCUUUCACCCAUUUACUUCCAAUUUUUCUUAGACAAGCUUGCAUCUUCUCUUGGUCCUCGAUUUUAUGCAAACAUCUUUAAAUGCAAGCACAUAUCAGAAACUGGAGCCCAACAGAUGCUAUUGGACACUCAAGCAGUAAAGACAAUUCUUCUAGAGAUUCCUGCACUUGGUCGACAAACAUCAGGUGCUGCUAGCUAUUCAAAAUUUGUAAGCCGUGAGAUGAGCAAAGCUGAAGCACUUCUGAAGGUUAUACUGUCCCCAGUUGAUUCUGUGGCGGAUACAUAUCGUGCAUUGCUGCCAGAAGGAACACCAAUGGAGUUUCAGCGCAUUCUGGAGCUAAAGGGCCUUAAAAAAGCUGAUCAGCAAAGUAUACUAGAUGACUUGAACAAACAUGGGCCAGGGAUCACACAACCUUCCGUGGUACCAUCAGUUGUCCCAGCUGCCCCUCCUGCCCCUAUAGCUCCUGCAAUACUCAAUCCAGCUUCAGUUGGACUAAUUAGUUCCCGAGAGGAUGUGCUAGCCAGAGCUGCUGCACUUGGAAGAGGUGCAGCUACAACAGGGUUCAAGAGGUUCCUUGCUUUAACUGAAGCUGCAAAAGAUCGGAAAGAUGGGCCCUUCAGAAAGCUCUUUAAUGCUUGACAGCAUUAGAAUCUCAUUAACGACAGUUUUGGUACUAGUCACUGAUUUUUUUUUUUUUUUUUUUUUUGUGGUAAUAUUUGUUUUUGUUUUAUCACUUUAUGUCCAGCAAUAACAAAAAAAAUAGUAAAAAAAAAAGGUCUUGUAUUACUUUCUCAAUGAUGUAAUAAGAAAAUGCUUAUUCUCAUAUAUGGAGGAAUUUGAGUUUUUAAA